AGCGAGUAUCAGUCACGCAAUCGCAGCAACCACGCACGCUGUUCUCCUCUUGUGCAACAUUAUUAUCAUCGGCGAAAUUUGUUCUGAAUGUUUCCAAUGUUUCGAUUGCAAUCGUGCUAAAAUUGAAUGUAAGCCGGUGUGUAGAAAGUGUAACUAUAACGGUAAAAGAUGGCAUUUGUUAUCCGGUUCGCCAAAGGUGUACGGAAUCACUGGAAGAAGUCAACGUUCCUGGCGAGUGCCGUGGCAUACGGAGUGUCGUACUCCCACGAGAAGUAUGAAAUCAAGCAGCUCAUGCGCCACUACUGCACCGAAGCAUCCAAGUAUGGCGACAUCGUAGUUGGUAAAACCCAAAGACUCCAGAAGGUCCUGGUGCUGCUCAACCCAGCAGCCAAUCGCAAAUCCUGCGAGGAAGAUUUCCACGACUACUGCGAACCGAUUCUGCACCUGGCGGGAUUCGAAGUGGACAUCGUCAAAACCGAUUCCGAAGGUCACGCCCGCCGUUAUCUGGAGGAGUUGGCUACGCUUCCGGAUGCGAUCGUGGUAGCCGGGGGUGAUGGAACCGUUUCGGAGGUGGUGUCCGGAUUGAAACGGAGAGGGGAUGGGGCCGAGUGUCCGAUUGGGGUGCUUCCUGUGGGACGGACAAAUGGCUUGGCCAUGGCAUUGUUCCGGAGCAGCGAGGACACUUCAAAGCUGGAAGAUGUUCGGGCAAUGGCAAACGCGGCCUAUGCCGUCGUUGCGGGGAAAAAGGAGAAGAUGGAUCUGAUGAAGAUCGAAGUGCUGCCCAAUGAAAUCGACGAGAAGGUACCGGAGAAGCCGGUUUACGCCGUGGGUAGCCUACAUUGGGGCGCUUUUCGGGAUAUUCUUGCACUGAGGGAUAAGUACUGGUACACCGGAUCCUUGAGAGAUUACACAGCUUUCCUGUUCAACUUGUUCGAUGGGAAGCACACUUGGAAUUGUAAGGCGAAGGUCACCUACACGGAACCAUGUCAGGGGUGCAGCAAAUGUUACCAGGAACAUCAGCAGCAACCGAAGCAAGAACCGACAAGGCGAUGGUGGUCUGUGUUUAUUCCAAAGGCCAAGACCGCGCAAGGUGUGGACUAUUCCAAGGUAGUCAACGCGAAAUGCUCCGUCCCCUUUGAGUUGGAAGUGGACGCAGCUGAACUGGUUCUGCAGACGACAAAUGCCGAUUUGAGUGGGUCAAAGGAGUCCGAUUCGAAACUCUGUGUAAAGAUCGGAACUCCGGUUGAUUCGGUAUUCAGUUUCCUGAGUGACAGCUGGUCUCGAAUAUGGAACCGGAAAUUCGUUCACUGCCCAACGGAGAAGACUGUCGAGGCACGGACGGUGUACUUGAUCCCGGAGAAGCUGAAACCCGACGAAGGAGACAGUGAAGCGUAUUAUUCCAUCGACAACGAGGCGUAUGAAGUGAGGCCAGUUCGGGUGACGCUGGUGCCAAGAGCAGUGGAAGUUUUCACAUUUUGAAGAAGAUUCUAGAUGCUGUUAAAAUCAAAAUAAAGUUAUUUAAUUUAU